AUGUGGGAGCGAGCGCAUGUUACGCCUCUUCCCAAAACGAUACCAGCUCACGUGGACAGUCUUCGACCAAUUGCCCUGACGGACACCUUCGCAAAGGUGGCAGACCACUUUGUCGCUAAGGAUGUUCUCAAAUCAAUGAUGUCAAGGUUAGAUCCUACUCAGUAUGGUAAUUUAAAAGGUAUUUCUACCAGUCACUGUUUGAUCGACAUUCUUCACACGGUUCACAGUCAUGCUGAUAAGGGUACCUCAUCCUCCACGAUCCUCAUCACCGAUUUCUCUAAAGCUUUUGAUCGGGUGGAUCAUACCGUAGCGAUCAACAAACUAUUAGACAUGGGUGUCAAAGGCGGUCACGUUGCAUGGAUUGAGAAUUUCCUCUCAGAGCGCCAUCAACGAGUGAAAUACAAAGGGGCCCUGUCCGAUUGGUGUUUUACUUUAGCAGGCACGACUGGUGGUGCUUACUCUCUAGGACGCAUCGCUGCAACGUAG